AUGAUUCCAAACAAGGACCGGUCUAGCACUCCGUGUUGGUUCGAGACUCAGCCUCAAGGAUGCCGAAAGCCACAUUGCGUUUUUCAGCACUCUAAACCCCGACACAAUGUCACUGCCGAGAGCUCGCCGAGCAAUUUGAUUCUCCCUACUACCGACUAUACUCCAAAUCUCACAGUUGAGUCGAAGAGUAAUGAGAUCAACAUUUCCAUUGAUGAUGACGAGUCGGACGACCCGGAAAACCACGUCGAGGAGAAACAGAAACCUAGCGAUGCUAAGCCUAGUGAAGAGCAAGAAAAGCUGGAAAAGAUAUUGAACUCUUCUCCGAUUGAUGAGAACAAUGUCCCUAAGAAUGGAAGCUCCUCAACUGAAACCAGUGCGUUGGCAGGCGAACACACACAAAGUGAUAAGAAUCGCAAAGAAUCGUUUCAAAACGGAAAGAUCGACUGUACUUUUGUUGUAAAGCCACUUGAACAAAUAAGAAAAGAAAGAGAAGCAGCUGAAUCUAGUAAUGACAAAGUUGAAAAUCUUUCUCCUACGACGAUUAAAAAAAGAGCUCUUGAAUCAGAAGGCGAUAAUAAAAGCUCCAACUCAAAACCAGUUAAGAUUCGACGUAAUCGCUACUCUGUGCCAUCGUCAACAAAUGCUGAAACAAGUGAACCAAGUAAAAAAUCUCCACAGAUGUCUCCCGACAAAUCUGCUCCAGAACCUCUCCUCAAAGAACCUCUUUCGAAAAGCAACGAUUCUUUAAUUGAAGAAUUGGAUUUUGAUUUGGAGGAUGAACUUUUGUCUACCACUGAACUCGCUCCUUCGCUGAAUGCCGAUGCCGAUGGAAACCUUGAAGAGGACGAACUGAUGCUCGAAAUUAAUCAACUGUUGCAAAACUAA